AUGCCUGGGCAAAUGCAACAACAAUCGAGUGGGCGGUCAAUGACCAGCUCAUCAUACGACACUAUCCGCAUCAACGCGAAGGAUGUUAGCCCACAAAAGCUUCUUGCUGUUCUCGAACGAAGUCUUCCCCGAAACAAGUUCUCUGUCGAGAUGCAACAAGACAUAUACACUAUACGAUGGGACCGGGACUCUUUUAGACCAAUCGGCAAGGAAAUGAAGGGUAUUCAAUGA